UCUUAGUUUUGUUAGUGCCAAAGAGCUGGCAAAGGCUUUUUGCUCUACUGUCGUUAUCAGGCCAUCAGAGAAGAGGAAAACAGUUUAAGACUGAUCUCUCUGCUGCAGUUCCCACAGAGGUGCUGAUGAUAUGCAAGCUAAGGAGACUUAAUUCACCCUACAGCAACUCUGAAAAAGCUUUGGGUUCCAAUAACUGUUCAUCUCUCGUAAGUUAUGGCUAUCUACAAUCUCAUAACAAGUGGCUUUUUUAUAUGUUAUUAACAUGAACAAACAUAUGAAUAUUUAUGAAUAAACCUCACAUAAUACAUUAUGUUUCUAUGUUGAAUUAAGAUUUGCUGUCAAAUUUAUUUUGAAUAGGAGAACGUGCCUGAGGAGACUGAAUUAGAUGACUAGGACAGGAGGUGGGGGUACUGUGUAUGCUGUUUUCUGUUAGGUGCAAUAGGGGCAGGCAGAAAGAUCAGACUCCACAUAUAGAUUUGCAUGGUCAGCUUUUGAAGGUAUCAUAGCUUUUUCGUAGUAGAGAUAACGUGCCUAACAUGAGCUGACUGCAGAGAGUGGUGAAGAUACACAGUCAGUUGAACCACUUUCAGUUCAAAGAAUGAGAAAAUCUUUGCUUUAAUUUCUGGAUUAAUGAUAAAUUAAAUGUUUCACAAAGUCUAGAUGUCUUCAGUAUUUUGCUUUAUUCAUUUUAGUGCAUGUUUUAUGUUUCAACAGAAAAGAAGAAAAAGAAAUACAUGCUGUUGAACUACUUAUAGUUGUGGAAAUGUCAUCCGAUUAUAAUAACUCUCACUGUGGCCUGUCACCUCAAAGCCUGGUGUCCUCUAUCCUGCCUCCUGUGCUCAUCGUCGAGCUCCUGCUGGGCCUGCCAGGGAACCUGAUGGCACUGUGGGUCUUCUGCCGCCACCUUCAGUCGUGGACACCCAAUGUUGUGUUUCUCUUGAACUUGGUCUUGGCUGACUUUCUGCUCCUGGUGAGCUUACCUUUCCGAAUUAUCUACCUUCAGAAAGGGGAAGACUGGGUGUUUGGUGAUGCUUGGUGUCGGAUUAAACUCUUCAUGGUUGCAGUCAACCGGUCAGCGAGUAUCGGCUUCAUGACUGCUGUGGCUGUGGAUCGAUACUUUAAAGUAGUCCAUCCACACCAUAAAGUGAACUUCAUCGGUUCAUUGCAGGCUACAGGGAUUGCUUGUUUCAUCUGGGCUGUGGUGUUUUCACUGCGGCUCCCUCUUCUGCUGACUAGCGAUCUCCUAACCGAGAACAACAACGUCUCUAUCUGUCGGAGCUUCAGCUCCUACAAGGAGCCACCAUUGGGCAUUUGGCUCCACUACAUGGUGUAUAUUGGUGAGUUUUUCCUCCCUUUAGCGCUUUUAGUUUUUUGCUCUGUUCGAAUCGCCUGCACUCUACGUCGUCGACAGAUGGACAAGAAAAAAGUGAGACGGGCUACUCGCACUGUCCUGGUAAUUGUUGGGGUUUUCCUCACCUGCUUCUUUCCUAGCAUUGCCACAGGACUAACUACACUCUGUCUAAAGAAACUGGGGAAUGAAUACUGCCGUGCUUACAGACUAUGUAGUGAAUUGUUCGGCCUGUCCAUCGGGUUCACAUACCUGAACAGUGCCCUGGAUCCUCUCAUCUACUGCUUCUCUAGCUCCAUGUUUAGGGAUGAGGUAAAGAGAGCCAUCAAUUGGUUUGGACUGGUGGAACUACAGCUCAGUCACCAUGGCACGAGGAGGUGA